CAUGCCAGCCGGAGCCCCCGCGGGCGCGGCGCGGUACCAUGGCCGCUGAGAACCGCUCGGCGCCGGGCGGCGGCGCGCCCUGGGCUGGGCUGCCCGAUUUCAUCUUCCAGCAGGAACUAUUUGCUGCGAGAGACACAGAUCCCAUGCACAACCUCUCUGCUCAGCCGUGGCAGGCAAAGAUGGCCAACCUGACCUAUGACAACUUCACCCUGGGCAACCGCUCUGAGGUGGCUGUGCAGCCUCCCACCAACUACAAGACAGUGGAGCUGGUUUUCAUUGCCACUGUCACCGGCUCACUCAGCCUCGUCACCGUGGUGGGGAACAUCCUGGUGAUGCUCUCCAUCAAGGUGAACCGCCAGCUCCAGACUGUCAACAACUAUUUCCUCUUCAGCCUGGCCUGCGCAGACCUCAUCAUCGGGGUCUUCUCCAUGAACCUCUACACGGUCUACAUCAUCAAAGGCUACUGGCCACUGGGGGCCGUGGUGUGCGACCUGUGGCUGGCUCUGGACUAUGUGGUGAGCAAUGCCUCUGUCAUGAACCUGCUCAUCAUCAGCUUUGACCGGUACUUCUGUGUCACCAAGCCCCUGACGUACCCGGCCAGGAGGACCACCAAGAUGGCAGGGCUAAUGAUUGCGGCUGCAUGGAUAUUGUCCUUCAUUCUCUGGGCCCCUGCCAUCUUGUUCUGGCAGUUCAUUGUGGGCAAGAGGACAGUCCCUGAGAGGGAAUGUUACAUCCAGUUCCUCUCCAACCCAGCGGUGACAUUUGGCACAGCCAUUGCUGCUUUUUACCUGCCCGUGGUCAUCAUGACGGUGCUGUACAUCCACAUCUCCCUGGCCAGCAGAAGCAGGGUAAGGAGGCACAAGCCUGAGAGCAGGAAAGAGAGGAAAGCCAAGUCCCUCAGAUUCCUCAAGGGCCCUGUGGUCAAACAGAACAACAAUAAUUCUCCCAAGAGGGCUGUGGAGGUGAAGGAGGAGGUGAGGAAUGGGAAAGUGGAUGACCAGCCAUCCGCCCAGACAGAGGCCACUGGCCAUCAGGAGGAGAAGGAGACAUCCAAUGAGUCCAGCACUGUCAGCAUGACCCAGACCACAAAAGACAAGCCCACAGCAGAAGUCUUGCCAGCAGGGCAAGGACAAAGUCCAGCCAACCCCCGAGUGAACCCAACUUCCAAGUGGUCCAAGAUUAAGAUUGUCACCAAGCAGACUGGGACUGAAUGCGUCACCGCCAUUGAGAUUGUCCCAGCCAAGUCAGGUGCCUCUAACCACAACUCCCUGGCCAACAGCCGCCCAGUCAAUGUUGCCAGGAAGUUUGCCAGCAUCGCCAGGAGCCAAGUACGGAAGAAGCGCCAGAUGGCUGCCCGAGAGAAGAAAGUCACCCGAACCAUAUUUGCCAUCCUGCUGGCCUUCAUACUCACAUGGACCCCCUACAACGUGAUGGUCCUCAUUAACACCUUCUGUGAGACCUGCGUGCCCGAAACAGUGUGGUCCAUUGGCUACUGGCUCUGCUAUGUCAACAGCACCAUCAACCCAGCCUGCUAUGCCCUCUGCAAUGCCACUUUCAAGAAAACCUUCAAGCACCUUCUCAUGUGCCAGUACAGGAACAUUGGCACAGCCAGAUAAACUGGUACUCAGGGACCACUUCAAUGCUUCCUUUCCCUUGAGAGUGCCAACAGACAUCCUCACCCAGGGUCCUGGGGCAGAAUAUUUCCCUGUGCUCUGGCUCUGCUCUCCCCUUCACGUUGUUUGUGCCCUCAGACAGCAAUUUGCUGGAAAGACAGACAGAUUAACCAAGCAUUUCACUGCUGGGUGAGGAGUGUGAAACCCAGUUGCCUCUGACAACGAUGGCAACUAAAACUGCAAAGAAAAGCCCUGGUGUGGUGCAGGACUUCACUCCACAGCCCUGGGGGAAUGGGGCCCCUGAGUGGUGGGCAGCAGUGACUGUGAAAAUAACUGUCCUUGGGAGGGACAGGGAGGACCUGGGGGUCUCAGAAAAGGGUGGGAAGAGGGUCUGCAGUGUGGCCAAGGUGCCCCGUGUCUCAUCUGGGCCAUAAGCAGGUCCCUGCUCUCCCCACAGUGGGUGUGGGAGGCCUGAUGCAUGGCUCUGGAGUCAGGAGAGGAUGAUGGUGGCCUCCAGCCCCGCUCCUGCCCUGAGCGCAGGGGGCUCCUCCAUGGAGGCCGAAGGAGCCGGCUGCUGAGCUUUGUGAAUGGAUGUAACGCUGUCAUGGGUGCUGUGGCAGAGCCCUCAGCAUGCAGGCUUCAGCCAGCACCCCCAGCCUCCUCCCAGCCCACCCCUGUGUGCAGCCCAGCCCUGGGGCUGCUCCCCAGCUUCUCCCAGAGCCAGGUGCAAGCCUUGGUGGAUGCAGCCAGGUGCAGGCAAGGGAUGGGAUGGGGCCACUC